AUGAAACUCGAUUCAAAAAUAUACCAAGAAGCGCAUCGUUUGGCACUCAUGCCACGCAUGAGAAUGCUUUUCUACGGCAUUGUGUGCGGCGCAGCUGUUCCCACCAUGUACCUCAGAUCGUAUUAUCUCCCCCGCAUAAGAAAGCAGGAGGCCAACGAGAUCAGUGCCCUGGGAUCUAAAGUCAAGCUUCUGGAAAAACGCACUUCGAAUGUGGAGCAUCCAGCUGUGAGUGCCUCGGAGGCUGCAGACAAUGUUCUUAAAACAAGUAAAAAAACAGCGAAAUUGUCACGGACCGGUGACAUUCCCAUCGCUGCGUGGCACAUCGGGGGCCGCAACAGAUAUGCAAACGAUGAACAAUAUCGGAAGCUGGUGGAAGAAGCGAACGCCAUCAUGUUAUCUUCAAUAAUGUAA